CAGCGGUACAGUCCGUGUACACAGCAUGUACAGCUACCGGAACAUGCACUCAACUGUGUUCCAACGAGCUUGGCCAAGGGGACAUCGUAGCCCGACCGCAUUGGAACGGCACGGUGAGAGCACACAAAAAGCAUUGGAUCAUAACAUACCGAUACACUUUACAAAGAAACAAACACAGAACAACCAUGGCACCCAGUAUUAGUGAAUUAUCUCGCAAGGACACUCAGCCGGAGUCGUUCAGUACUAGUGACGACGACGACUACCUGAGCCGCGAUGUUCCGAUUGUGUACACUGAAGAAGAACUGGAUGUGAUGCGUCAAGUCCGUAGCAAGUUGGUGGAAGAGUAUGGGAUUGAAGAAUCUCGUGUUGGAUUGACCUUUUUGGCCGUUGCCACCAUUAACUCCAAAUGUCGCGUCGAGGAAGCAGCAAACAAGAUUCGCAAAACGUUGGAAUUGAUGGAACCAUUGGGAUGCCCCGACGGCAUCAGCGAGGACGUUUGGAAACCCGAGGCAGCAUCCCAAUUGGCUGGCUUUGCACCAUGCGGAAAAGACCACAAUGGCGCCGCCACCAUUUGGAUUGUGGGCCAGCGAGUCCCGAAAGAAGAGGAACGCAAUCACGUCCACGCUUGCAUUAUGCACUUUUUGGCCGUUCAUGCCGAUGCCAUCAGUCUGCGCCAAGGCAUUUCCCUGGUGGUGGAUGUGAGUGCCGCUCCCAAGGAGGCCAAAAGGGGCAAUGAAUCUGCCUUGCAAGCACUUCAUCAAUCGUUUCCACAACGUCCUCAGGCCAUUUACAUUGCCGGCACCAAUGCCAUUGCACGUGUCGUGGUCAAUGCCACCAUCAAAGUGGCCAGUCUCUUUACCAAACAAAAGGUGUUGGAUCGAAUUCAGUUUGUCAGCGUAGAGCAGGCCAAAGAAAAGCUGCCCUUGUCCAGUUGUCCCAAAUACGUUGGUGGCAUGGCGGGAGGCAUUGAGAGUAUGGAACAAUGGGUCGAACAGAGGCUCCAGAAUCUACCCAAACCGGAACUUUAGAAGAUACCAUCAAAUAAAUGAAUGGCACAACAAUCCACUAUGAGGUUAGUCAACCUCCGUGUCUUGUCUUGUUUUCUUUGAGAGAGGGGCAAGCACAGCAGCAGUAAACAUUUUAGAUUUCUGCACAAGUUCA